UCUCUCAGUCUUGUUUCAAAGGUGAGAAAAUUAAGAAGUUCUAAGAUGAAAGCUUUCGUUGCAAGUUUUUUACUUUUCGGCUUGAUUGCCUAUUGUUAUGGAGUUUCACAACCAGUGAUUAAAGAUACUAAGACUGAAGGAUGCGUAGGCGACAAGUGUGGAGCACAUUGUGCAUGGGAAGGUGCUCAAAUUUUCCCUGGUGAAUUUCUGAAUCAACCAGGAAAAUGCAGAAAAUUAUUCUGUGCUGACAAUUUCGAUAUUCGCAUCACACCUUGUCCUCCACCUACUGCUGAGUACGAGUGGGUAGACAGAGAUGAAACCAAACUUUAUCCUGAUUGCUGUGGAGUUAAAAAGGACCGCCGCCCUAAGAUUGACUAAGAUUUAUCCGAUGAUUGAUUCUCAUGUAAUGAAAGUUUAUUCAAAAUCUCUACUAAAUACUUAGUUCUCAUUUUGGAACAGUUUGAUGUUUGAGUGAAAAUUGUGGUGUAAUUAUAAAAUAUGAUGUUAAAGCGUUGAGCCAAUAAAAAUUUUGAACUAAACAAAUAUGAUUUCUAAGUGUUUAUCCAACGUACAAAUUUUCUGAUUACAUAAUCAUAAAAUGUGAAGAAACUUCCUAAACAAGUUCUUCAAGAUAUAAGUUUAAAAUAAAAAACAAAACUAUCUCCCUUAAAAGCUUUCAAGAGUAAUUAGUAGUGGAUAGAAUUAUUCUAUUCUAAAACCUGUCUUCCACAUCUGGACCUAACUAGUUAUAAAUUCGUCUUUUUCAUUUACUUAGAUUAAAUUAGUAAUUUUUUCUUUUGAAUAUCUUGUGGAUUCUUCGCGGAUAUUAUCGCCGACAAUAAAGUUUAAACUUUAAACUCAUAAAAGUAAGAGUGUAAAUAAUUUCCAUUUCCGGAAACACCUUUUGAACGGAAUUUAAAUAAUUUCAAACCACUUAAACAAGUUCUACCUUUGAAAGCAGAAUACUCAAAGAAAGAAAAAAUAAAGCAUGUAGAAGUUUGUAAACAGAUUAAAGAUCACGUUUCAACUGAACUCGUGAAG